AUGAAAUUGCUAAUAACAGUACUUUUGUGUUUGAGUGCUUACGCCUUUACAGAUUAAAUGAUGUCUUUAGAAGAACUGGCAAAAUUUGACAUCAAGAGUGUAGAUUGUGCUAAGAGUGAUCAAAUAUCUUUGGUUGAAAAACAAAUGCAAUAAUGGGAAGACUUAUUAAAACAUUAAAAAGCUAUUUCUCAUGAUAUCAAAAUAUUAAAAUCUAUGGAACAUCUAUUAUCAUCAAAGUCAAAUUCAUUUCUAGAAGUUCAAACCUAAGUUUCUGGAAAAAAAUUGAUGAAAAAAUUACACAAGUUGGAAUUGCCAUUAACAAAAAGCUAAAUUGGAUUAGUUUAAGUGCAAUUAUUAAAAGAUUAAUGCAAAGGCUUAGAUUCAGAAAAUCCUGAGGAAAGAGCUUAGGCAAAAAAGGAAUUGUGCAAACUGUUAAAAGAGUACGUUAAUAAUCUGAAUAACUGUAAAAAACAAUGCUCUAAUUCACCUGUGACAGUUAUCAAGAUUAAAGGUUAGAUUAAAGACUUGGAAAUCAUUAGGGAUAACUGUUCAAGUGGAAAAGUUAAUGGAGUCAAAGUUAUAACACUAGAUGGUGAAAAUCAAGAAUACAAUGUAGCAUCAGAUGGUACAGCUGAAAAACAAUGAUUAUUAAUAAAUAUUGAUAAAGUGAAAGAAUGUUAAGCUCCA